CGUAGCAGAAAAACACAAAGUUUCUAAUAUUUUAGGCAUCCGCCGGUAUAUAUCUUCUGUUACAUUAGAACUGCGCCAUGGCCUCUAAUAUUAGCUCCAAGACCCUGCUUGUCCUCCUUCUUGCCCUUGCCCUCUCUGUGCAAGGCACUCUAGGAGGGAUAGCGUGUGAGCAUCUAGACCAAGACACGUGCGCCUUUGCAGUGUCGUCCUCCGGAAAGCGGUGCGUGCUUGAGAAGCACGUGAAAAGGAGCGGAGAGGAAGCAUACACAUGCCGUACGUCAGAGAUUGUGGCCGACAAAUUGAAGGACUUGGUGGAGACCGACCAGUGCAUCAAAGCAUGUGGGCUUGAUCGGAAAACACUCGGAAUCUCAUCGGACUCUCUCCUCGAGUCUCUCUUCACCCAAAAGCUUUGCUCGCCUCAGUGCUACCAGAGCUGCCCCAACAUUGUUGACCUUUACUUCAAUCUUGCCGCUGGUGAAGGUGUAUUUCUUCCAAAAUUAUGUGAAGCACAAGAAGCAAAUAUGCGGCGAGGGAUGUCUGAGAUCCGGAGCUCUGGUUUUGUAGCACCAGGUCCGGUGCAGUCGAUGAAGUUCACGGUCGCACCAAUAGUUACGCCAGCGCUGGCUCCAUACUAGGAAAACUUAUACGAUACGAAGCCUUAGUUGUUAGGUUUCAAUAAUGAAGUCACACAUGCAUGUACUGCAUGUGUGUGUUCUUCAAAUAAUAAGUUAUAUUGAAUCAUAGUUAUCGGUGUGUGCGUGCUUUAUUGUAUGAUUUGGAAAACAAAAAAGAAAAAAGAAAAAACUGCUCUAUGAUGUUUAUCUCUGUUCAAAAAGCAUUUACUAGUGAGCUUUGCUAUGGUAAUACUCCGUUGACAGAAGAGGCCGUUGUUGAUCGUAUUAAAGGGGAGGUAAGGACUCGGGUUAUGUCCAAUAAGAAGCUGAAGAAUUCCUCUGGUAGGCUUUCAAAGCAAUGGAGUUUGUAGUCCCUGAUUUUGUUGGUUUGUCGAAUGUUUUCCUGUUGCUUGGAGUUCGGUUUUAGCUUGGUUUUGAGCUGUACUGUCUUGGCUUCGGUUGUAAGCUCUUUGUGGUUGUUCUGUGUU